AUGGACGAUGAUGAUGAUGUAGGAUCGCAGAUGGCCAUCCAAGAUAGACAGUCUGAGCUGCGCAUCCCUUCUGAGCAUGACAGACCUCUCAUCACAACCGCUUCAGUCUCAUCUCCCCUUCCCCAAGCCGCCGCCCCCCCCGAGUGGGCCAGCGGAGCAGAGCCCAUUAAGGAAAUGAGACUAGCAGACUGGACGAACGCCCUAGGCGAGAGUGAAAGUUCUGUAAAGCGAGGCGACGAUGAUUCCCCGGAUCUCGAGCCCCAUGGUGGCCCAUCUCGGACCCUUCUUCUGGGUCGAGCCGGGUUGUCUGUUCCCACCCAACCCCAGGUUCCUCUCUUCUCGGCGAGCGAGCCGCUCGGCAGCUAUGAGGCAUAUUUCAUGCAUCCGCUCCUCCUCCUCCUCCUCCUUCUCGUGCAGCCCCGCGUCGACGCUGGAUUCGAUCGCCCCCCGUGGCCAAGACUGAACUUGGUGUGGAAUGGGUUGAGACCUUGA